GGUGGAAGCCUUCAGUGGUCCUGAGUGGUUUCGUUUAUUCUGAGACAGACUAUCAUACCCUGAGGUGGAUUCUUGGCUUGAACUGAGAGCAGCUCUGUGUGACAGAGGCAAUGAGCAGAGACUGGAGGGGGACAAACAUCUUUCUUGUCGGCUUUGUUUCCAGUUUAGGCAAGAGCAGAACAUUGUUUUAUUUUAUUACCUUUCAUAAUGUGAAUAGAUAGGCUAUAGAUGUUAAGUUCCGCUUCAAAGUGAACUGUAAAAGUAAUUCGUGCUGGUGUUAAAUUGACUCCCCUCUCCCAAUCUGUGCCAAUGCUGGAAUGGCUGGGGGCUUUGUGCGUUGUGAUGCUGGUGGUGUUCCUAUGGCCGGGCUCCAGACCUGCAGCCGCGGACCCCGGCGUGGCCGCGGACGGCUUGCAGACCAGCCCCGCCGCCGCGGACGCCGCGGCGGCGGGGCUGGUCUGCAAGCCGUCCGCGCUGGCCAACUACCUCCAGAAACACUGCCGGACCUUCCGCAGCUACGCGCCGGAGCGCGCCGGCUGGACGUGGCGCUCCAGCGCCGUCCUGCAGAGCGCGUACGAGGCGUGCUGGCCGUACGAAAGCCCCGCGGUGCAGUUCGUGCGAGACAACCUGCAGCUGAGCGACGACGGGCUGGUGGCGCUGGACUGGGCAGUGCCGUCCUGCUACCACAAGAGACGCAGGACUUCCAGCCACUCCACCAGUCCGGUGCUUCUCAUCAUCCCCAACUCCUUCGGGAAGAUUACGAGAAAUGUGUUGAAGAUGUGUGAAAUGGCACUAUCCCAUGGCUACCUGCCAGCGGUUUUCAAUCGUCGUAGUCAAAAUGGCACUCCGCUCACCACACUCAAACUGCAGCAGUUUGGCGACCCCACGGAUCUUUGCGAGGCUGUACGCUACAUUCGCUACCGCCAGCCGGCAGGAAGGCUGUAUGCAGUGAGUGAGAGCUCCGGCUCGGGCCUCCUCCUGUCUUACCUGGGGGAGUGUGGGUCAUCAAGCUACGUGACGGCAGCCGCCUGCCUGUCACCCAUGUUCCGCUGCCAGACCUGGUUUGAGAGCGGGCUUUGUUGGCCCCUGCAGUGGGUGCUGGCACUAUACCAGAAGAUAAGUCUUAGCAGGUACAGGACUGCGCUGGCUGAGACCCUGCAUACAGAUGUCCUGUUUUCCAGCUGUUCCUUGCGUGGUGUGGAGGAGGCAUUGUUUUGUCAAACCGGACACAUGGGCUCUACACCAGCAGCCCCCACAGGGACCAGCAGUAGCAGUAAUAAUUCAGGUGCUUGGGACGCUUACUGGGAACGCAAUGAGCCCCUAAGAGAUGUGGACGAAGUGGCUAUUCCUGUUCUGAGCGUGUGCGCAAAGGACGAUCCCGUCCGCGGAGACACCCAGUCUACAAUACCCUUGGAACUCUUUGAGACAAACCCACACUUUUUCCUCCUUCUGACUGACCAUGGAGGUCACUGUGGUUUCUCCACCCAGUCAGAGAGUACCGCCGGUGCGUCGGGUGCAGUCAGCUCUGUGGCUGCUUCAAACAGUGUGACGCAGAGCCGCGCUGCCAACUGGAGCCACAGAGUUGUUCUGGAGUUCUUCAGGGCCACCACAGACUUCUUCAGUGCAGAAGAAAGAGCAAAGCAGAUCGCUGCAAGGAGAAGAGGGCUGGGGGGAGGGGCAGCGGGGAAGGCUUUCCGCCACCGCAGUAUUAGCACGUGUAAGCGAGUGCCGGCCUGCUCCCACAAUAUUCAUGCCAUUUACAAUUGGCAGAGGUCCUACACACGAUGAGUGAAGUUUAAUUUAAAAAAAAAACUCACUGGGCUUGUGUGUGUAUAUGUAUGCGUAUGUAUGCGUAUGUAUGCGUAUAUAUAUUAAAUAUAGUAAUAAUGCACAUAUAUAUGCCUUAGGUUUUUACCGGCAUGGUAUCAACCAUUAAUAUGUGUGCAGACAAGGUAAAAAAAAAAAAAAAAUGUUGUGGACUGCAAUUCUUUCCUCACAAAAACACCUGAGACCUUCUCUCUUCUUAUGUCCACCAGUGUGUAGGUCUGUUUCUGUGUCUGUUCUUGAUACAUUACAAGUACUUUUUUUUUUUUUUUUUUUAUUGAAAAAACAAACCCAAAACAGUCAAUGGAACAACUUGAAACCGACAAAAGUAAUAAUAAAUGUUUUAGGGAAAAUUGACAGAUAAUGCUUUUGAAUUGUGGUUCAGCUGAGUCAUUAAAAAAGAAAAAGAAGAGAAAGUUAUCUGAGAUCAGAAAUACAAGCAAGUAUGUAAGGUAUUGGCUAUAAGACCAUCUCCUAAGCAGCUUCAUGAAACUACAGUUGCAAAUUUCAUUCAUCAGUUAAAGAGUCCAGAGGGCUGUAUCCAACCUGCCUGGAUGUGGUUCCAAGAGGGAAACUGAUGACAAGCUGAAGAGAUGUAUAUUACGAAUGGUAAGCAAAUAGCCCAAAGCAACUUACAGAUUGACUGACAAGCAAUAAUGCAUCUUGAAGAAUGUCCUUUGGAAAAAAGCAGGCAAACUGUGGAUUUCCGGCAAGUCAUAUCACCACUAUGUUCAUAGAUGCAAAAAUUAAGCAUUCAAAGAAAAGAAGACUGUACCUAAUGUGAAAGAAGAUGUGUAGAAAAACCCUUCAAACCUGACACAACUGGAGCAGUUUGAUUGUGCAGUGGGGCAAUUUACCCGUCGACAGGUGCAGGGGUCUCAUUGAGCGUUAUAGAUGGCCAUUGAUUGCAGCGAUUACCUUGACGGUCCAUUAACUCCGUUAAUUCCGUUUCAUAAGCCAUUUUCUUUAUAAAUAAUUAUCUUGAACUACAAUUCAAAAGCAAUGUGAUUUCUAUUAGGCUAUGCUAAGUAAAGUAUUUUUUCUUUUUAAAUAUAUUUAUUGAUUUAGUUAGUUUCAAGUUAUCUCAGUGAAAAUUGUGGGUUUUUCUUUUUUUUAAUGGAAGGAUUCAAACACUCGUCUGCGCUCGAAACUGUAGACCAGUUUAAUGGUGACGUCAUUGUUAUGGCUCUCUGUCCAGCCACCCAAAUACAUACGUCCAUUGUCGUGUUGAUGCACGUUAAAAACACAACAAAAUUUAAUUAAAUAUUAAGAAUACAAACAUACAUUUAAAAAAACCUUCACAUGGCAAUGUUACUUGGUGAUAAUAAACCAUAA